CUUUUUCAGGCAGAAAAAAGGCAACAAGUGUGUGAAACUGGUCAGAGACUGCGUUCUUUGGAGAGUGGACUUAAAGGACAACAGCAUUACAUUCUAGGUAUUUUUUGGAACUUGUUUGUUGUGUUGUAUUCUGGAAUAUUGACCGCGAUUUUAUUGUUCACUAUUUUGUACAUGGUGGUAACUCAUACAAUUUUGCGUGUCAUUUCUAGUGAGUGCCAGUUCAAAUCAUUCAGGAGAUUAGUGACUGUACCAGGUUCCCGCUCGUAGCAGUUUUUUACAAAUCUGGCGGCCACCGCUGUGCUCCUUCAACAUAGUGGCAAUACUUUCGAGUAUGUGGGUCCCACACGCUGCAGGCAUUUUCCAGACAAGGAUGAACAAGGUUGAGGUAGGCAAAAUUGCAGGUUACUGCUCUAUUGAUUAGUAACAGAGAUAAGUAGUUUCCCCUUAAACUAAAACUGUAUUUCAGAUUGUGAUUAUGGCCAGGAGACACCUUUCGUGUUGUUUAUUAACCAUAGAAUGGUGACGUUCACUGCAAUGUGCACAUCUGACCUGUGUUUUGUACCUACUAUCUCCUGAUGUGGUCAUUAGUACAGUGGAGAUAAACAAAUUAAUAUUUACAUGAAGCAAAAAAGAAAAAUUGCACAGGAAAAAUAAUGUUAAUGAUAAAAUAUUCCAUUGUUUUUGUUAGAAAAUUGAAAAUAAAAUCAUAAGGGACAACCAUAAUUCAUACUAUGUCCAUUGCAAAAGUAGACUACGAGUAGUCCCCCUUUUUUCCUCAGGGAUAGUAGAGCGAGCAAAACCCGAGCGCGGGUGAAAAUCCCCCGACGCGAGAAAAGGUGACACUUGUCUUUCUCACGCGACAGGUGACAUGUGUCUCUCUCCCUGUCGCAUGUCAACCUUUUCUAGUAAAAACCCGCAUAUAAGAACCUAAACUUUAAGAACUUGUUAGGCUAAAAUGUUCAUUUUAAACCCCCUUUUCAUAAGAACCUAUUUAGCUUAAAAUUUUCAAUGGGUUCUUAUUUUACAAAAAUGAAGCCUCAGAUGAAAAUACAAAAAAAAAACAUUUUAGUUUACAUUUCAGUCACUAAGAUUCAAAGAAUGAACUAAAAUGAAAACCAUGUUAUGUCUCUGCCAACACAGCAUUUAUGGACUCUGUAGCAUAAAAGACACGCAUGGUAGUACUUUGGAAAGAUAAAUUUACUGUAUGGUUAUCAUCUAAACUGUAUUCUAGAUUAUUAUUUAAUACAGCAAUAUAUUCCAUAUCACAUAUGCCCUAUAGUAGUUAUCUGUGAUGAUUGCUAGUGCCCCUAUCAAAUUGAGAACCUAUUUAAGAAUCAAAGUAGCCUAAAAUCCCUCUAAAUACCAUUUCUGUAAGAAUCUCUUUAGGCUACGUUAGAAAAAUCUAGGUUUUUAUACGUGGGUUUUUACUGUAUUGCAAAAGUGUGUCUCACUGUAAACUGGUGUCCAUGCUGAGAUGUCAGUUUUAACUGAGAAAAAACAUUUUACUUGGGUACUACUGUGUAUUCAAAGGGUUUUACGUGAACUUAAUUAGCUGUAGAAUGUGUCAUAUUUAUUGCAGUUAAGCCUAUAUAUAUAUCUAUCGACUCUGAUCUUUUAUUAAUGUGGUGCCUUACUCAUUCGCUUUUUAACAAAGAACACCCCAGUUUAAGCGACAAGGUGAUGGACGGUAUCAAGAACAGGGCCGUUAUGGAAAACUCAUAAGGAUCCAGAGACUGAUCAAGACAAUAAUGGCAUCAUAUGUGUAGCCAAGUAAUGGAUCAAAGCUCCUGCUGUAAAAUGGUGUGGUAAAUUGACCUUGGAGAGGCUGGACAAGAAGACAGCAAUACUGAAUGAUGUAAAGCACCUGAUGUGGUGAACUUCAGAGGAGAAGCCAGGAUUUCUGCUGGAGGUAAGCACAAAUUUCCAAAUCCUUACUAUACAUAACAGGGUUGUUUAUACAAGAGAAAAUAAGCCAUGGCUUACUCCAGCCACGGCUUACACAAGACGCAAAUAUCCCAUAUAUCUAUCUAUUUCGGGCACAUUUGCACUAAUUUUAUAAGUCUGUCUCAUUCUUGUCAGUUGGCCAUAACAGAUGCAAGAUCCUGCGAGGAAAGAUGGCUCUCUCUCUAUCAACUAUGCCCCGUAUAAAUACCGGGGGGGGGGGGGACUCUACAUAUGAAAGGGGGGGGGAUGCUCAUCGGAAAUUUUGAAUUACAAUGUACAGUUGUAAAUCUAAAUGGUUGAUCUUCAUCUAGGAAAUGUUAUUUUGAAUUAUUUAUGUAUGUAGGGUUUUCAUGAGAAUGCCAGGGAGCGUUAAGAGUUUUAGCACGAAGUGAUAAUCACACUUUCACCUUUUUUUAGCUGAUGAAAAUGAUUUAUUUCUUUUUCAGGCAGAAAAAAGGCAACAAGUGUGUGAAACUGGUCAGAGACUGCGUUCUUUGGAGAGUGGACUUAGAAGACAACAGCAUUACAUUCUAGGUAUUUUUUGGAACUUGUUUAUUGUGUUGUAUUCUGGAAUAUUGACCCUGAUUUUAUUGUUCACUAUUUCGUACAUGGUGGUAACUCAUGCAAUUUUGCAUGUCAUUUCUAGUGAGUGCGAGUUCAAAUUGUUCAGGAGAUUAGUGACUGUACCAGGUUCCCGCUCGUAGCAGUUUUUUACAAAUCUGGCGGCCACCGCUGUGCUCCUUCAACAUAGUGGCAAUACUUUCGAGUAUGUGGGUCCCACCCGCUGAGGGCAUAUUCCAGACAAGGAUGAACGAGGGUGAGGUAGGCAAAAUUGCAGGUUACUGCUCUAUUGAUUAGUAACAGAGAUAAGCAGUUUCCCCUUAAACUAAAACUGUAUUUCAGAUUGUGAUUAUGGCCAGGAGACACCUUUAGUGUUGUUUAUUAACCAUAGAAUGGUGAUGUUCACUGCAAUGUGCACGUCUGACCUGUGACCUGUGUUUUGUGCUUACUGUCUCCUGAUGUGGUCAUCAGUGGAGAUAAACAAAUUAAUAUUUACAUGAAGCAAAAAAGAAAAGUUGCACAGGAAAAAUAAUGUUAAUGAUAAAAUAUUCCAUUGUUUUUAUCAGAAAAUUGAAAAUAAAAUCAUAAGGGACAACCAUAAUUCAUACUAUGUCCGUUGCAAAAGUAGACUACAAGUAGUCCCCCUUUUUUCCUGAGGGAUAGUAGAGUGAGCAAAACCCAAGCGCGUGUGAAAAUCUCCCGACGCGAGAAAAGGUGACACUUGUCUCUCGCAUGCGACACGUGACACGUGACACGUGUCUCUCUCCCUGUCGCGUGUCAAACCUUUUCUAGUAAAAACCCACAUAUAAGAACCUAAACUUUAAGAACUUGUUAGGCUAAAAUUUUCAUUUUAAACCCCCUUUUCGUAAGGACCUACUUAGCUUAAACUGUAUUCUAGAUUAUUAUUUAAUACAGCAAUAUAUUCCAUAUCACAUAUGCCCUAUAGUAGUUAUCUGUGAUGAUUGCUAGUGCCCCUAUCAAAUUUAGAACCUAUUUAAGAACCGAAGUAGCCUAAAAUCCCACUAAAUACCAUUUCUGUAAGAACCUCUUUAGGCUACGUUAGAAAAAUCUAGGUUUUUAUACGUGGGUUUUUACUGUAUUGCGAAAGUGUGUCUCACUGUAAACUGGUGUCCAUGCUGAGAUGUCAGUUUUAACUGAGAAAAAGCAUUUUACUUGGGUACUACUGUGUAUUCAAAGGGUUUUACAUGAACAUGAUUAGCGGUAGAAUGUGUCAUAUUUAUUGCAAGUAAGCCUAUAUAUAUAUAUAGCCUGCGUGGCAGGCGUUUGUCUCACGCCUAAAACUCCCUUUCCCAUCCCUUUCAAAAAGUCUGCCACGCAGGCUAAUAUCUAUAUGCUAUCGACUCUGAUCAUUUACUCAUUCCCUUUUUCACAAAGAACACCCCAGUUUAAGUGACAAGGUGAUGGACAGUAUCAAGAACAGGGCUGUUAUGGAAAACUGAUAAGGAUCCAGAGACUGAACAAGACAAUAAUGGCAUCAUAUGUGUAGCCAAGGUAAUGGAUCAAAGCUCCUGCUGUAAAAUGGUGUGGUAAAUUGACCUUGGAGAGGCUGGACAAGAAGACAGCAGUACUGAAUGAUGUAAAGAGGAGAAGCCAGGAUUUCUGCUGGAGGUAAGCACUAAUUUCCAAAUCCUUACUAUACAUAACAGGGUUGUUUAUACGAGAGAAAAAUAAGCCAUGGCUUACUCCAGCCACGGCUUACACAAGACGCAAAUAUCCCACAUAUCUAUCUAUUUCGGGCACAUUUGAACUAAUUUUAUAAGUCUGUCUUUGUAACUUUAUUUGAUUUACCACAAAAUACAAAUAACGAUAAAACAAGACAGUUACACUAAAGCAGAAGAUGAAGUCCAAAAAGAAACCAUGAGGCUUAUAGACAUUGGGCUCCCUCAGGGUAAAAAUAAAGUUAACAGUAACAGUAAGGCCAGUAACAGUAAGGUCUGUUGGCCAUGACAGAUGCAAGAUCCUGCGACGAAAGAUGGCUCUCUCUCUAUCAACUAUGGCCCAUAUAAAUACGGGGGAUGCUCAUCGGAAAUUUUGAAUUGAACCCCUAAAGGAGACCGAUCUGGGCGGGGCCCAAGCUUUUUUUGACCCCUAAAAGAGACCAUGUUAAAACACAGACAAUAUGUAUAUUUAAAUAUUGUUUUGCUUUCAAUCCUAAACGAGACCUUCACGGCUAAAUAUGAUGGCAUUUUGCCCAGAACACCCUAAGUGAGACUAAAAUCCGAAAUUUUAUGCCCCUAAUUAAAAAGCGAGACGACGAGCAUCCCCACCCCUUUCAUAUGGGGAGUCCCCCCCUCCCCGGUAUAAAUAGUACAAAAUCUAUGUUCAUGGCAUAUUUAACCCACAGCUAGCUAAGACACAGAUUGGUCAAGUAAUUUUGGGCUGGGCUUAUCCAAGUCGCGGCUUGCCUUCUUGGAUGUUAAAGUGUUCAUAUAAAUGCCUUUAAAUGUUGUCCAAUUGAUGCACAUGCUCAGUUUUCAAUUACAUUGUAUCUCCCACUUUCAUGGCCCAAAGAAUUGCAAUGUAGUGGUAGGAAAAUGUCCUGCUGUGCUGCUGAAAUGUCUUUUUCAAAGCACUCGAUUGAACAAUAAACAGCUUUUCCUCGAGGUUUCCCACAAGUUUCACAACAGCCCAACAGCAAUCCUGAAAUGGAAAAGACUGUGUAAAAUAUGCCUUUUUGUAUGAGCAUUUUUCCCAUCUAAUGGAAAUCGUACUAGUAUAAAUAGUUCUUUUUGUGUCUUACAAAAGCUGCGGCCAAAGAAAGCCGUGGCUUAUUCUCCCUUGUAUAAAUGGCCCUACUGUUUAUUAUUUCCUUUUCUUUAUUACUAUCAUUUGUAUUUUUUAAUUUAUCCUCAUACUUAAACACCCUAGUCAUUCUUGAAAAAAGUAACCCUGACAUCAUAGUCACGCAAGUCACCCAGGUCACCCUAGUCACACAAGUCACUGUAGUCACCCUAGUCACCCUAGUCACCCAAGUCACCCUAGUCACCCUAGUCACCCAAGUCACCCUAAUCACCCAAGUCACCUUAGUCACCCUAAUCACCCUAGUCACCCACCCUAGUCACCCUAUUAGUCAACUUAGUCACCCUAGUCAGUCAAAAUAAUUAAGUUAUUUUUCUGUCAUUUUCUAUAUUCCUUGUUAUCUCUUAUAGAAUGUGUAAGGCCACAACUCUUUGUGGACAGACUUAGUUGCCUGCUUUACAUUUGUAUGAGUUGGGUUUUUUUGUGAGACCUGGCCAAGUUAUGUCAUAGUAGAUAGUUGGCUUACAUUCCAUGUUUGUCUCUGACCCUAUAAAUACUUUAAGCCAAAAGUUAUUCUAGAAGUUACAGAGUGCUUUCUUAUUGAGUGAUAGUGAAUUUUAUUUUUCUCAGACAGGAAAGGACAAAAGAUUUGGCAAACUGGUCAGUGAUUCAUCAAUAGCUCUAUGCAGGAAGUCAACAGCCAACAGUGAAGAGGCUGAAUCAGGGGAUAACAGAAUCCAAGCUGUCUCAUUACAAAUAUCUGGUUUAGUAUUAUUUCAUAUAAUCCUAUCAUUUUUUCCAACAGUCACACUGGCUAGUACCCUACCACAGGUACUGGGUUUUAGAAUAUUUCUGACCCAGCCCGGGAGGUCAUUGAAUGCGGGGUACAGCUGGCCCGGGGUUUUCCUCCUAGGAGCAAGUGGACGUACGGGGAGGUUUUUCACCCAGCUGUUGUUCCACAACCCCCAUUCAACAUUCAUUUAGUUUGGCAGUGAACAAAAAGACAAAAAACAAACACAAAAACCGAAGAAUAUUGACCAUUUCAACAAAUAGGACUUCAUGCAUUAGUCAAAACAGGUCCAUGGUAUUCCCAACAAUAGUGAAUUGAUUCAUUUGCAAUAUUUUUCCUUUGAGUUUUACCUGUAGUUUUCAUCUUUCCUGAUUCAAAGAAAACCUUCUUUUAUUUAUCCAAUCAAAAUUCAGCCACUGUUGGAUAUUCAGCACAUUUCAGCAAUAGAGUAGAUUGCUGAAUAUGUAGUAAGGUCAAGUUUUUAUAAAGAAUUCUGUAAUUCACUAUUGGAGGGAAUACUUAAGGUAUCUGUAUUCCAAGAAUAAUGAUAUAUUAUACAGUGUGUGUGCCACCAUAUUUGUACAAAUAAGUGUCACUAAGAAAUUUUAUCAACAGUUUCUUUAUUUUUGGAAGUAGAUGAGUCACCAUCCAGUUCAAUUUAGCAACUGGACAGGGACUUAUCAGUUAGGCAAAGUUUUCAUAAAUUAAGCAAGCUUUGUUUUCAAAUUGGAUUAUUUUGUUCCAAAAAAAUUCAUUUAUUUUUUUGAAAUAAGAUCUAGAGGCUUAUUUGUACUACUUACAAAUUAUUAGUUAACACACAAGAUUCCUUUGAGCAGUACAUACGUCAUUCAAUUUUACAAAGGACAUUUGCCUCUAGGAAGAAAAGGGAAAAGGGUUCAUUCUUGCAAGACAAUGGUGAAUGAAACUUUGUAGCCAAGAAUAAUAUAAUUAUAUUAAAUAGUGAUUAUAAAAUGAACUUUCCUCAGGAUUUGGCAAUUUUAUCAAAGAUUAGACACAGUAUUAAUUCAUCUGCUAACUAGAUACAGAGAAAUUGUUUCAAAAAAUAAUUUAAUACUAAAAAAUAAUACCAAAAAAUAAUUUAAUACCAGUUUGGUACGGGCUAGGGGUUCAGGGUCCUAGUGACACAUCCCCACCCAAAUAUUCAUAAAGUACCACCCUCGGGCCUAGUGCUUCACUGCUCAAAGGAAAUCUUGCUAACGUAAUAGUGAUCAUAAUUAUAAUAAUAUUUAAUAUAAAGUUGUAGUUGUUGGGUGGGUGUGGGUACAUAUUUUAUACAUUAUUUCUUACCUUAAACCGUAAAAGCUCAAUUAAGCCCCUAUCUGCCUUUUAAGGAGGGUUUGAGGAAUUAGAGGAGGGGGAAGGGGUAAACGAUUAGGGGUGGGGGCAAAGAAAGGAUAUUUUGUUAUCUCAAUAAUAAGAGGAAAAUUAGAGAAGAGGUGAUCUUUUUCAUCGAUAAUCUUCCACAAACUGGCAAAAUGUCCUUGCAUUGGUCUGAUGAAAAUCUGUUCCUGACAUUUCCUGCAAAACCAAUGGCCUUCAAGGUAAGUGGAUGGUGUAAUAAAUAGGAGGAUGAGGUUACAAAUCUAGUCUUAAAGAAAUAGAGGCUGUGAUCAGUGAUAGUGUGGGUGGUAGGAUGGGGCUUAUAGAGCUUUUGCUACAUACACAUUGUGCUGCCAGUGUAGGUGGGAGUGGCCUAGUUUUCCGUGUAAUUGCUUGGGACCACCAGUCACAAUACAUUAGCCAUUCACUGACUUUCAGUGGGAAGCACAAUGUUACCUGUAUGAUUAGAGGCAUGGGAAGCAUUACAACCUUAUCACAGCAAAAAUUAAUCACACGGGCAGGAUUUUUUAACUUUGCUUUGAUUUUAUUCCUUUUGUUAAAGUUCGCCACACACUCAAUUCUUUUCAUAGGUCCACCUUCUAUUGGAACUCUUCUUAUUUAUAGGAGUUGUUGUGCUUCCUGUUUUAUCUUAACACAGUGGAACUAUGAUUUUUUGAACCUUUUUUGAAAAUGGAGUUUGGUUAUAGAAUUUCAAAGAAAAAGGGGGGAAAUUAAGUUUCGUUUUGGGCAUUGGGCUUUGUUGCUAUUUUCUGGUUGAAAAGGCGAAAUAAGAAAAUUACAGUGACUUCAGGGUUAGGAAAAUGGGUUUUAAUUUAAAUAAUCAAUAGGUUCAAAGAACCAGGAUUCCACUUAUACAGUAGAAGUGUUAAUUUAAUGCUAGAAUUAAUCAGUCUACAGCAAGCUCAUUAGCACAAUAUUAGUUGUAAACCUCCUAAGUAACAUAUUACUUUACUCAGGGACUUUACGUGCAGGCUGCAAGAAAUAGUAGUACUUUACUACUACUAGGUAUAUACAUCGUUAAAUUUUAAGAACAAAAUGGCAAUACAGGUAAGCUAUGAGCUAUAAUUUAUAUCUGCAAACCUUGACCAACAGAAAACUUAUGAUGAUCUUGCAUUAAGGGAAAAGAUGAGCUUGAGCUUUGUCAGCCAAGGCAUCUCUCUGGCUAUCAGUGGCCAGGAAACUAUAGCUGGAAUUGCAUCUACAUUUGUAGGCUAUGUCUACAAAGCACAGUAUGGAUACGAAUAUAAAAGUGUUUUAACCACAAUGACCUUAAUCUUUGAAGUCCCAAUAUCAAGAGAGAAAUUCUCCUUACUGAUCUUCUUACCUCUCUUAUGGUACUAGUAAGGAGAAUGUACGUAAGUGUCAAGUAGGUAGAGGUUCAUUUUUGUUUGAUUUUUAAUAACUUUGAUGAUUGAUUUUGUCCUCUGUUGGGACUUCAAGGUGAGGUUGGUGCACAAAGGAUUUUGUCCAUUCUUCAGAUUAAUUUAAAACAGAGCGCCAUAGCAACAGGAAAUUCUUAAGAAACAGUGAGCCUGGGAAAAAUCUUACGAAAAGUACAAUCUUAAGGAUUAUAACACAAAAUGGAUUAGUCAUAACUUUACAUGAACAUUUUGUCUAAGGCAAUCUCUUGUCUGCUUCUGCUUAUUUUCAUUUUCGACGAAACUCGCAGUAAAUAGAUUGUUGUUUCCAGAUCACUGAUUAUUUUAAAACUAAAACAAUUUUUUUUAUUAACUUUUGAGUACCUAAUUUUUUACACGGAUCUCAUACGAUGCAGACUGCAGACUUUUGAUUGCAUUUAUAUUGUAUCUGAAUAUAUUAGUUUUCUUGGUUUUGCAUUUUGCUCUCGGUAAUUUUUUUUUCCAAUUUCCAUAGGUUUUCAAAAGGUCUGACAUGUAAGUUGAAGGAAUUUGCUCCUUGUCAUUCCUGUUCUUCCCAUUUUUCUGCACUUAAUCAAAGCAUUAGUUGAAUGCAUGUUUACAUUACGAGAGCACUUGUAGCACCAAGAAAUAUCUAGUUUUGUUUAAUGUGCUAAUGAGCUUGCAUUAGUUAUCUUAAUAUUAUUAAUUUUUUGGUAGGCUUGCUUUAGCUAAGCCUUUGAAAACAGCUGACUUUUCCAGAUGCUAUCACUGGUUUUCCAGCAAAAUGAUGACUGAUAUUAUGUCACUAGCCAUAUCUAGGUGUGGCUUCAGAUUGGUUGAAACACAUUAUCCUUGUGGCAAGACCAAUCAGAAGCAUCACCCAGAUCUGGGAAGUGACACAUCAUUAUUAUAGAAUUUCCUCACUUAUUCUUCAUUUUUGGGUCAUUUCAUGGGGAAACCAGUGGUGUCGUCAAGAAUUGUUAGUUGUUUUUUUAGGCCAUUAGCUUUUCAUUAUUAUUUUUUUAAGUUCUUAUUUAAUUUCAGACCUCAGGUGGCACACGCACAAGAUUAGGAGCCCAUCACUUGGGAAAG